AUGAUCCCGCGGUCCCGCGUCUCCGGACGUCUCCUUAUCGGGCGCUCAGCAGCUCGCACCGUGCCAUCAUCGACAUCCACGCGAGCUGUAGCCGGCUUCCCGGCCGUGGCUCACUAUACACAGCAGCACGCCUGCGCUCGGAGAUUGCAGCCCGCACCCGCCUGCACCGCCGCCCAGCACCGGAUACCCGCGCUAUAUUUUUCGACUUCUGCCUUCCUGGGCAAGGAAAAGGACAAGCCGAGCAAGUUCUUUGACCCAUCGGCCGAGCCCGAGUCCACCGAGCCUCUCUCCGAAGAGGAGGUUAAGGCCAACCUCGAGAAUAAGAAGAAGGAAGCUAUCAGCGCUGAAAAGGCCGCAAAUGAGUCGAAAGAUUCUGACGCCGACGCCACUGUUUCUGCUAAGAGCGACAACAGUGCUUCGCAGGCACAGGAGAACAAGGCUGGCAGCAGCGCGGGCGGCGCCGCUGGCGCUGGCUCUGGUGACGGCUCCGGUGACGGAGGCAAGCGAGGGCGCAAAUCUUCAGAAAAGGCUCUCCAGAAACCUGUCGUACCUGAUGUCUAUCCACAAGUACUCGCCAUCCCGAUUGCUCGCCGACCGUUAUUCCCCGGAUUUUACAAAGCCAUUACGAUCAAGGACCCCGAUGUCGCCACCGCCAUUACCGAGUCCAUUAAGCGCGGCCAACCGUACGUCGGCGCCUUCCUCUUCAAGGACGAGAAUCAAGAUGAGGAUGUGAUUCGAAAUGUUGAAGAUGUGUACGACGUCGGUGUCUUUGCUCAAAUCACAAGCGCCUUCCCCAUCCACGGCCAAGAAGGCGCCCUUACUGCCAUCCUAUACCCCCACCGCCGAAUCAAGCUCUCCAGUCUCGUGCCCCCGACACCUCAGCAGCAACAACAGGAAGCCAAAAAGGCAGAGACGAAGAAGGAGCCCGAAGUUCCCGAACCCAUCCCCGCCAAACCUGCCACCGAGGAAGCUCCCGCCACAGACAAGAAGGGAGAUGUCGUCGCCAGCUUCGAAGAGACUGCCGUCGACAAGAAACCCGACCAAGUUGCCGAGAAAUACGAACCUACCUCAUUCCUCAAGAAGUACCCUGUCAGCUUAGUCAAUGUCGAAAAUCUCGCGGACGAGCCCUACGAUCCCAAGAGCCCCGUCAUUCGAGCCGUCACCAAUGAGAUUGUCAAUGUCUUUAAGGAAGUUGCUACGAUGAACAACUUGUUCAGAGACCAAAUCUCUACCUUUUCGAUGAGUCAGUCCACUGGCAAUGUGACUUCGGAGCCAGCCAAGCUAGCGGAUUUCGCCGCGGCUGUGUCGUCUGGCGAGCAGACUGAACUGCAGGAAGUCUUGGGCUGCAUGAACGUCGAGGAACGCAUGCAAAAGGCGUUGAUUGUGCUCAAGAAGGAACUCAUGAAUGCUCAACUACAGUCCAAGAUCACCAAGGAUGUGGAGAGCAAGAUUAGCAAGCGACAACGCGAGUACUGGCUGAUGGAGCAGAUGAAGGGCAUUCGCCGCGAGCUUGGCCUCGAGUCUGACGGCAAGGACAAGCUCGUUGAAAAGUUCAAGGAGAAGGCUGGCAAGCUGGCCAUGCCCGAUGCCGUGCGCAAGGUCUUUGAUGAGGAGGUUAACAAGCUCGCCCACUUAGAGACUGCCGCUUCAGAAUUCAACGUCACAAGGAACUACCUGGACUGGUUGACGCAGAUUCCUUGGGGCCAACGAAGCGCCGAGAACUUUGGCAUCCCUAAUGCGAUCAAGGUUCUCGACGAGGACCACUAUGGUCUUCAGGAUGUCAAAGAUCGUAUCCUGGAAUUCAUUGCUGUCGGCAAGCUGCGUGGCUCCGUUGAAGGCAAAAUUCUCUGCUUUGUCGGCCCUCCUGGUGUUGGUAAGACGAGUAUCGGCAAGUCUAUUGCUCGUGCUCUGAAUCGCGAAUACUACCGCUUCAGUGUAGGUGGUCUUACAGACGUUGCUGAAAUCAAGGGUCACCGCAGAACAUACGUUGGCGCCCUGCCCGGCCGCAUUAUUCAGGCUCUGAAGAAGUGCCAGACCGAGAACCCGCUGAUUCUCAUUGACGAAAUCGACAAGAUUGGCCGUGGUUACCAGGGAGACCCUUCAUCCGCCCUUCUCGAGCUGCUCGAUCCUGAGCAAAACAACUCGUUCCUGGAUCACUACAUGGAUGUCCCGGUUGACCUUUCCAAGGUUCUCUUUGUCUGCACUGCCAAUAUGACUGAUACUAUUCCACGCCCUCUGCUCGACCGUAUGGAGCUCAUCACCCUGUCCGGCUAUGUUGCAGACGAGAAGAAGGCUAUUGCCAACAAAUAUCUUGCUCCCGCCGCCAAGGAAGCUGCUGGUCUCAGGGACGCCAAGGUCGAUCUCACCGAUGAAGCGAUUGAGGAGCUGAUCAAAGCCUACUGCCGCGAAUCUGGUGUGCGCAACCUGAAGAAGCAGAUUGAAAAGGUCUACCGCAAGUCUGCUCUCAAGAUUGUGCAGGACCUCGGCGAAGACGCCAUCCCUGAAGAGGAGGCGCUUACGGAAGAGGGCAAAGAGGCUGCUGAAGAGUCUGCCAAGAAGGCUGAAGAGGCAUCGGAGUCGGAGGGCAAAGAGCAGCCUAGCACGGAAGCCACCGAAAAGGAAACGACGGAGAAACCGCGCAAGGCUCUACGAGUGCCUGACACGGUUGAAGUGUCCAUCAACAAGAGCAACCUGACCGACUACAUUGGACCCCCUGUCUUUACGUCUGACCGUCUCUACGAAGUCAGCCCUGCCGGUGUCGCCAUGGGCCUGGCAUGGACGCAGAUGGGCGGCGCGGCCAUGUACAUUGAGUCUAUCCUGCAGUCGCCUCUCCGCCAAAGCACCCGCCCCGGCAUGGAGAUUACCGGCAAUCUCAAGUCCGUGAUGAAGGAGUCGACAGCGAUUGCCUACUCCUUUGCCAAGUCCUUCAUGGCGACUAAGUUUGCCGACAAUGACUUUUUCGACAAGGCCAAGAUGCACCUGCACGUGCCCGACGGCGCGGUACCCAAGGACGGCCCCUCGGCUGGCAUCACGAUGGCGACGUCGCUGCUCUCGCUCGCGCUCGACGCCCCCGUCAACCCGACUGUCGCCAUGACGGGUGAGCUCACGCUCACGGGCAAAGUGCUGCGCAUCGGCGGCCUGCGCGAGAAGACGGUGGCGGCGCGCCGCGCGGGCUGCACGACCAUCAUCUUCCCCAAGGACUGCAUGUCGGACUGGCUCGAGCUGCCGGCCGCGAUCAAGGAGGGCAUCGAGGGCCACCCCGUGGAGUGGUACACACAAGUCUUUGACCUGGUCUUUCCAGACCUGGACCUGGCCGCGGCCAACAAGAGCCGAGUGGUCAAGGACGGGAAGAAGGAGGGCCAAGACGAUGAGUAG